GCUGUAGUGAAACCUAAUGCAGGAGCCCUAGGUCCUGGUGCGUGGGACUCCGCCCUCUUGGAGCUACUUCCCUUGCUGCAAGGGUCAGCGGAACUAAAACCAGCUAACCACUAAAAUCGCAUCACAACCGUCUCCCGGACUUCCAAUGGGAAGAGAGGGGCAUCUCUUCAAAGGCAGUGAGGGCUGUUCUGGUCCAAGUUACUUCCUGCUGCUGCGGGUCCCCAGAUUCACUCACUUCCUCGGGCCAACAGCACUCAGAGACAGGCGGCAGACAGACCACCCAACCUCUGAGCGGGGGAGGCAAUGACGUCCGCGGGCAGAGUCCAGAAGCAGUGCGCCUGCGGGCCGCGCCUGGACACGCCCCCUUCGGCGCGCCUCCACAGCCCCGCCUCCUGGCCCGGAAGUGCGCACGCGCACCGGCAAAAUGGAGGCUGCGGCCGAGCCGCUGCGGUCUGUCCGCCUCCUGUCCCGCGUGCUGCUCUUCCUGUCCCAGUGCUACAUUCUGUCCGGCGAUGGAUCCUUAAAUUUAGAGCAUUCGCAGCCGCUGGCUCAGUCAAUAAAGGAUCCGGGCCCAACACAUACAUUCACCGUAGUUCCCAGGGCAGCAGAGAGUCAGCUGUUCUCUCACCUCACAGAGAGUACUGAAAUCCCUCCUUACAUGAUGAAGUGUCCAAGCAAUGGUUUGUGUAGCAGACUUCCUGCAGAUUGUAUAGAAUGUGCGACCAAUGUCUCCUGCACUUAUGGGAAGCCUGUCACGUUUGACUGCACAGUGAAACCUUCUGUUACCUGUGUCGAUCAAGACCUCAAACCCCAGAGGAACUUCAUCAUCAACAUGACUUGCAGGUUUUGCUGGCAGCUUCCUGAAACAGACUACGAGUGUUCAAAUUCCACCACCUGCAUGACCGUGGCCUGCCCUCGGCAGCGCUAUUUAGCCAACUGCACCGUGCGCGACCACAUCCACUGCUUGGGCAACCGGACUUUCCUUAAGCUGCUGUACUGCAACUGGACCGGUGGCUACAAGUGGUCGACGGCCCUGGCUCUCAGCAUCACCCUUGGGGGCUUUGGAGCCGAUCGCUUCUACCUGGGCCAGUGGCGCGAAGGUCUCGGCAAGCUCUUCAGCUUUGGUGGCCUGGGAAUAUGGACCCUAAUCGAUGUCUUGCUGAUUGGAGUUGGCUAUGUGGGACCAGCGGAUGGCUCUUUGUACAUUUAGCUGUGGUUAUGUGCUUCAGAGAGCAGUGUGUAGAGUCCUUUGUGGGGAGAUGGACAUGGUGUGAGAGGGGUAUUUAUGUUUUUAAUGUACAGCAUCUGUACUUGGCUUGCCUUAAUGAAGGUGAAAUAAAGAAAUGGAACACUGAACCAUAA